AAGAAUACUUCUUUCCUCUCGGUUUCCACAAUUCCUGAAACCCCUUUUUUAAAAAAUACACUCUGCUCUGUCUCACUUUCUUGUAGCUAGACUACCCAUUUUCCUCAAAAAAGAAAAGCCCAAUCCUCCCAUUUCCCACCUUUUUUACUUCUUCUAAAGUAAAUACAUUAGUUUGGUAGAAUUUGGUGGUGUUCUGUUUCUUUAUAAAAACUAUAGCUUUGGACACGGUUGAACCGAUGGGGAAAUCCAGGAAUGUAUUAUUGCCUCUGCUUCUUCUUACUCUUCAUAUCUCAGUAUUGUCUGCAACUCCUGGCCAUGGAGAAGCAGAGGCUUUCAUUGGUGUAAAUAUCGGCAAAGACAUCACCAAUAUGCCCAGUCCAACUCAAGUGGUGGGCCUCCUAAAAAAGCAGCAAAUUCGCCACGUCAGACUCUUCGAUGCUGACCAAGCAAUGCUCCGUGCGCUGGCCAACACCGGAAUAAGCGUCAUCGUCACCGUCCCCAAUCAACUGCUCAUCGGCAUCGGCGCAUCCAACCAGACCGCCGCCCAAUGGGUUUCGCACAACAUCCUCACCCUCGUCCCCGCCACCAACAUCACCGCCAUCGCCGUCGGGUCCGACGUCCUCACCACCCUCCCGAACGCCGCCAGCAUCCUGGUCUCCGCCAUGACUUUCAUCCACUCCGCCCUCGUCGGCGCCAAUCUCGACUCCCAGAUCAAAAUCUCCACUCCCCUCUCGUCCGACGUCAUCCUCGACUCCUUCCCGCCAUCAAAGGCUCGGUUCAACGGCACGUGGCUCGGAGUGAUGGACCCCCUCCUCCGGUUCCUCAACUCCACCGGCUCGUAUCUCAUGCUCAACGUCUACCCGUACUACUCCUUUAUGCGGUCCAACAAUUCGAUCCCGCUGGAUUACGCGCUUUUCCGCCCCCUUCCUCAGAACAAGGAGGCGAUUGACUCCAACACACUCCUGCAUUACACGAAUGUGUUCGAUGCGAUGAUCGACGCGGCGUAUUUCGCCGUGGAGGCGCGGAAUUUCAGCGAUAUACCGGUUGUCGUGACAGAAUCGGGCUGGCCGUCGAAAGGGGACCAGACCGAGCCGGAUGCUACGCUUGAUAACGCGAACACGUACAACAGCAACCUGAUCAGUCACAUUCUCAACAUCAGUGGCACCCCAAAGCACCCCAGGGUUGGAGUCAGUACAUACAUCUAUGAGCUAUACAAUGAAGAUAGAAGCCCUGGGGCGACUUCUGAGCAGCAUUGGGGGCUGUUUGACCGGUUCGGGGUGCCAGUUUAUACCCUGCACUUGACAGGGGGGAAUUGGGAGUUGUUCACGAAUGACACCACGAAUCGGACUUUCUGUAUUGCUAAACCAUCGGCUGAAAAGGGGUUGAUUCAAGCAGGGCUGGAUUGGGCAUGUGGCCCGGGGAAUGUGGAUUGCUCCGUUUUGGAUCAAGGACAGCCGUGCUAUGAACCGAACACUGUGCGUGCACAUGCUUCGUAUGCUUUCAAUGCAUAUUAUUAUAGCCAAGGCUUGAACAAUAGCGCCUGUGACUUCAAAGAGGCAGCCAUUAUCACCACUGUUGACCCAAGUAAUGGCACUUGUAUAUAUCCUGGAAGUGUUUGGAGAAAUGGAAGUUCUCACGUUCCAUCAACAAACUCUACAGGCUCUAGCUCUAGUUGUGGAUUACAAUACUUACGAGAUGACUAUUCUCUCAUUAGCUCUCUAAUCGUCUGCUUCACAAUCUCGUCCAUUGUUCUGUUGUAAAAAGGAUAAGCAUAGUUUACUUUGUUCUGGUAUUUUUUCUGGUGUUGAUAAAAUUCUAUUCAUUUGAAUUUCCUUCCCUAGCCCAUGACAUCCCAUCGUUCUCAUCGGUUAGGUAACAUAGUAGCAAUGCAAUUCAGAGCUCAGCUUGCAAGUAGUUCUGAGGUUGCUUCAUUGAGUUGUUCAAUCAAGAAUGGUAGAUUCGUGAUUAUUUGUAAUUAUUAUUUAUAUAUGUAGUCAGAUUGAUUUGAAACUUUUGGAACUGUUUGUGCCCUCAUAUACUUUAUUUGAUUCGUUUAAAUGAAACAUUUGUUGUACUUUAACUUAAAGUUGGGGCAUGAAAUAAGCUGAUCAAGUUCCAUAUUGAAU